AUGUGCAUAAAAGAUCUCACACAGGGAAGAAGCCAUAUUCCUGUCCUGAGUGCGGGAAAUGUUUUUCAAAGAAGUCCAUUCUUCAUAAACAUCAGAGAUCUCACACGGGGGAGAAGCCGUUUUCCUGUCCUGAGUGUCGGAAAUGUUUUUCACAGAAGUCCCGUCUUCACACACAUCAGAGAUCUCACACAGGGGAGAAGCCGUAUUCCUGUUUUGAGUGUGGGAAACGUUUUUCACAGAAGUCUGAUGUUUACAGACAUCAGAGAUCUCACACAGAGGAGAAGCCGUAUUCCUGUCCUGAGUGCGGGAAAUGUUUUUAACAGAAGUUCCAUCUUUACAGACAUCAGAGAUCUCACACGGAGAGGAGAAGCCACUUUCCUGUCCUGA